AUGUAAAGAUAAUUAAAAGAUAAUCUUGUAGCAUACCCUCAAAUUUACAGCAAUAAUUAAGAUACAAUCAUAGAAUAAUUACAAAUUGCUGUUGAAGAAGUUGAAAAUUAAGUUUUUGAUUUGGGAAAUCCAAAUUUAAUAUUCUAAGUUUUGGAAAAGAUGCACAAAGAAUUUAUUUUUAAAAAUGAAGCUUUUAUUAAAAAAUAUCAUAAAAAAUCUCAAUAAUUGAAUCAAGUAAAAAAAGAAAUAGAAUUCAAAGCACCUGAAAACUCUAUAGAAGAAUAGAAAAUUUAAAAUCCUACAGAUGAAUCAGGAGAUGCAAAUACAUUUGAAGGAGAUAGAUAAUCACAAAAUUCAAUUUCACUUAGCCAAAUAGCUUAAAAAAAUAUAAAAAAGAAGAAAGAAUGGGAUGGAAAUUUUUCUUAUGCUUAAUUAAAUGAAAUAUAUAUUCCUAUUCCUAAUUUUGUUAAAGAUACAAUCAUAGAAUAAUUACAAAUUGCUGUUGAAGAAGUUGAAAAUUAAGUUUUUGAUUUGGGAAAAACAAAUUUAAUAAAUUAAGUUUUCGAAAAGAUGCACAAAGAAUUUGUUAAAAAAAAUGAAGCUUUUAUUAACAAAUAUCAUAAAAAACCUCAAUAAUUGAAUCAAGUAAAAAAAGAAAUAGAAUUCAAAUCACCUGAAAACUCUAUUGAAGAAUAGAAAAAUUAAAAUCCUAUGUCAUCAGGAGAUGCAAAUACAUUUGAAGGAGAUAGAUAAUCACAAAAUUCAAUUUCACUUAGCCUAUCUUAAAUUAACCAAAGUUUAAUUUAGAAAUACUAAAUUUAUAAUAAAAAUUAACUAAAUAGCUAUGAAAAUGAUUUGAAAAGGUUUUUAGUGUAAUCAAUAAAUUGCAGCUAACAAAAUUGCUUAAAAAUAUAGUAAGACAUUUAGCAAUAAAUAAAAUUAAAAGAAGAAAAAUAAUAAGCAAAAAUUCAGAAAACAAUUAUCAAAAACCCUUAUUUAUAUAGUGAUGAUGACUAUAAAUUAAAUGAAGAAUAUUUAAAUCAAAUCAUUCAAACUGUUAAUAACUUUGGUGUAGAUAGGUGUCAAGUGUAGGAAAAAAUAAACUCAGUUCUUUAAACUGAAACAAUGACUAUCAAUUUCAAAGAAAAUAAGUUAUUGAAAACAAUUACAUAUUCAAUAUUAUAUCGUAGCAUUUGCUUGUAAGAGCUUGAGAUUGCAAAGAAGUUUAUUUACAAGAUUUUAGGCUAUAUCAACCCAAAAUCAAAAGGAUUUGAAUAAUAAAAUUUUCUUCUCAGACAAAUUUUCUUACACUUUUUAUGUAUCUUGAUAAAAGAUGCUAACUAUUAAUAGUAAACAACAUAAUUUUUAAAUACUAUUUUUAGUUUUGAGUUCAUUUCUUCAUUAAUUUUAGAUCAUUUGUAGUAUUAAGCCUAAAAAAUUCUUAAAAAGUCAAAUAAUCCAAAUAAUGAUGAUAUAUAGGAGCAGAUAGAUUGCUUAGCAAAAGGAUAUAACUUAACCUUAUUUUUAAUUGAUGGUAAAAAUAAAGGUAAAAAAUAUAAUCAUAGAGGUAAAAGUAGUUGUUCAUUUGAUAUAAUAUUUAUUUAUUUCGAAUAAUCUUUAUACUAAUAACCAAAUUAGGCAAUCUUAUUUGUCAUUAAUCCUAAUGACAAGCUUAAAAUAUAAUAUUCCAAAUAUAAUUAAUAAUGA